CGAGAGAUGUAUAGAAUAUCAUCAAUACUUCGGACAACAGUUUCGCGUCGAUUGUCAUCAAAUGGACAUCAGUUGCGAAACUACGCCAAAGACAUAAAGUUUGGCGCCGACGUGAGGGCACAGAUGUUGGUCGGUGUGGACGUGUUGGCCGACGCCGUGGCCGUCACUAUGGGUCCGAAGGGACGCAACGUUAUCAUUGAGCAGUCGUGGGGGUCGCCGAAGAUCACCAAAGACGGCGUCACUGUCGCCAAAGCCAUCGAACUGAAGGACAAGUUCCAGAACAUCGGCGCUAAACUGGUUCAGGACGUGGCCAACAACACCAACGAGGAGGCCGGUGACGGCACCACCACUGCCACAGUCCUCGCCAGAGCCAUCGCCAAAGAGGGCUUCGAGAGGAUAUCCAAAGGCGCGAAUCCCAUCGAAACGAGACGAGGAGUGAUGUUAGCCGUCGAUAGAGUGGUCGAGAAGUUGAAGGAGUUGUCGAGACCUGUGACCACUCCCGAAGAGAUAGCACAAGUGGCCACCAUUUCUGCCAAUGGAGACAAAGCUAUCGGCGAACUCAUAUCAUCGGCGAUGAAACGGGUCGGACGUGAAGGAGUGAUAACUGUGAAGGACGGCAAGACUCUGACCGACGAGUUGGAAGUGAUUGAAGGCAUGAAGUUCGACAGGGGAUACAUUUCCCCCUAUUUUAUAAACACUACAAAAGGAGCCAAAGUUGAGUUCAACGACGCUUUGCUUCUCAUCACUGAAAAGAAGAUAUCUUCGGCCCAAUCCAUAAUACCUGCGCUCGAAAUAGCGAACCAACAGAGAAGACCUUUAGUCAUAAUCGCUGAAGACGUUGACGGCGAAGCACUGACCACUUUAGUGCUCAAUAGACUCAAGAUUGGGCUCCAAAUUGCAGCCGUGAAAGCCCCGGGCUUUGGAGACAACCGAAAGGCAACACUCCAUGACAUGGCUAUUGCCACCGGAGGACAAGUGUUUGGAGACGAAGCGAACUUACUUAAGAUCGAAGACAUCCAACCAUCAGAUUUGGGACAAAUCGGAGAGAUUGUCAUCACUAAAGACGACACACUUUUACUAAGAGGAAAGGGUUUGAAGGAAGACAUCGACAGACGAGUGAAUCAACUCAAAGAUGAGAUCGAUUUAUCAAAUUCUGAGUACGAGAAGGAAAAGUUGGCGGAAAGGAUGGCACGACUGGCCAAUGGUGUGGCCGUUCUGAAGGUCGGCGGCAGUAGUGAAGUGGAGGUCAAUGAGAAGAAAGAUCGAGUGAACGACGCCCUCAACGCAACCCGCGCUGCCGUCGAGGAGGGCAUUGUUCCCGGCGGUGGAACUGCUCUCUUGAGGACCAUUCCAUGUCUCGAUGAACUCAAACCAGAGAAUGACGACCAAAAGGCCGGCAUUGAUCUGAUCCGGAAGGCGUUGCGUAUGCCAUGCAUGCAGAUCGCACUGAACGCUGGUUUGGACGCAUCGGUGGUCGUCUCGAAAGUGUUGGAAUCAAAAGAAGUGAACUUCGGUUUCGACGCUUUACUCAAUAAGUACUGCAAUCUAAUAGAGGCCGGGAUUAUAGACCCGACCAAAGUUGUUCGGACUGCCCUCAUGGAUGCCGCCGGAGUGGCCUCUCUGUUGACAACCGCCGAAGCAGUUGUCGUCGAAUUGCCCAAAGAGGAGAAAGAUUUGGGUGCAGGCGCUGCAGGAAUGGGAGGCAUGGGUGGAAUGGGAGGAUUUGGAAUGUAGUCUACGAAUACAUAUAGUUCUGAUUAUUAGGUUAUUAAAUAACAUUGAAUUUAAUGUAAUCUUUCUAUUAUUUUGUCAUAUUUUCAUAAUCUUUCAUAAUUUCACUGCAAUUCAAAAUCAUGUGAAAUGUGUUUUGAAGUGAUUUUCUACUCAAUUAUUACAUAUUAGUUG